GUGACCCACAGAAGCACAUGAUGAAGAGAGUUCUGCUUCUGUUCGAUGUAUUUAAUUAGACGAAGCUUUAUGACUAACGCGACUAACAGGUGCUGUUCUGUUUCCUCUGACAUGAGUCAGCAACCUGUGCUCUUGUUGAGAGUGCGUUUGGGAAGCUGAUGAACGGCAUCCAAGAAUCCUGCAUGAAUAUUUCAUUGGGAAGUGGAUGCGGCUUUAAUUGUGUUUGCGGGUGACGGGCCUCAUGACAAUCUUAACACAGUCAUCAGAGCAGAACCACAGCAGGAGCCCGUCUGACUCACUGCUCCUCAUUCAUGCACACACACUAUAAAGUGCCUUCGAGCAGAGCAAUACUUGGACUGACACUUUUAGGUUCUCGCAGGCUGGAGACCAGUCCUCAUUAGUUGAUUAAUCAACAAAGAGACAGCCAACGAUUUUUAACAAGUGCCCAUUUCAAGUCUUGAAGAUGCCUCCGGCGAAUCCGCCUCUCAGUCGCACAGGGAUAAACAAGGACCACGGUUUUAUGCUGCUUGGGCCCAAUUAAUGAUCUUCUCACCGCAAUUCUUAUGCGGUGUGGAGCAAGACGAGGUUGAAGACAUCCUGGAGACAUGGCUGAAGGGGGCUGUGCAAAGACCGAGGAGGAGGAAGACUCGAGCUCGUUUCGUGGAAGUGGCGUCUGUAAAUGGUUUAAUGUGCGGAUGGGCUUCGGCUUUCUGUCCAUGACCCAUCAAGAGGACAUCUGUCUGGACUCACCCGUGGAUGUGUUCGUUCAUCAGAGCAAGCUUCAUAUGGAGGGCUUUCGGAGUCUGAAGGAAGGAGAAGCUGUGGAGUUCACCUUCAAAAGGUCCUCUAAGGGUUUGGAGUCCUUAUGGGUGACGGGACCAGGUGGGACACCGUGUGUAGGCAGCGAGAAGAAACCCAAGGGAACUCAAAAACGGCAUUCAAAAGGAGAUCGAUGCUUCAACUGUGGCGGGCCGAAUCAUCACGCCAAAGAAUGCCAGCUGCCACCUCAGCCAAAAAAGUGCCAUUUUUGCCAAAGCAUCACCCACGUGGUGGCCAACUGUCCAAUCAAAGCACAGCAGUUGUCACCGGGAUCUCAGGGGAAAUCAACAGCCUCCACUACAGGAGAAGAGGAGGACAUGAGACACGCCCCCUUCCCUCCCGACAGCUCUGAUUAGUCGGGGAUGUUGUCAGGGAAACACAAGCACCAAUCAAAAAGCUGCAAUGGAAAGCUGCUUUUGGAACUAACUCAGGUUUUUCUUUUUCAAACAGCAGAAAUGAAUGUCGCUGCUCACUUUUGAACUUAAUCAAGAAAUUCAAAUCAGAUUUAACCGUAUAUAAUGUGAUACUUAGAAAAAUAUGAUCAUCAUCAUAAACAUCUUCGUAAAAUGUCAUCUUUAAGAUCUCUGAAUAUACACAACUGCUUUGGGAUGAACCAGAUUUCAGAUGGAUAAUCACGAAAUAGAGGACAGACCUCACAAAAAUGUCAAUUACAGAAAUUAUAUUUUGC